GCUGGACCUGAGCUACAAUCAUCCAGGAGACUCAGGAGAGAGGAUCCUGUCUGCUGGACUGAAGGAUCCACACUGGAGACUGGACACUCUCAGCCUGCAGCCUGCUGGAGUCCGAUGGUUGACACCAGGUCUGAGGAAGUAUUUCUGUGAACUGGAACUGGAUCCAAACACAAUGCACAGAAACCUCAAACUGUCUGAUAACAACAGGAAUGUGACACAUGUGGAGGAGGAUCAGUCAUAUCCUGAUCAUCCAGACAGAUUUGAUUACUGGCCUCAGCUGCUGAGUAGAAAUGAUCUGACUGGUCGCUGUUACUGGGAGGUCGAGUGGAGAGGAACAGUUGAUAUAUCAGUGAGUUACAGAAGAAUCAGCAGGAAAGGACGCAGUGAUGACUGUGAGUUUGGAGAGAACGAUCAGUCCUGGAGUCUGAGCUGCUCUGGUGGUGGUUACUAUGUCCUUCACAAUAAGAGAGUAACGCCCAUCCCCUCCUCCUCCUCCUCCUCCUCCUCCUCCUCCUCCUCCUCCUCUGUCCCUGACAGAGUAGCAGUGUAUGUGGACUGUCCUGCUGGCACUCUGUCCUUCUACAGAGUCUCCUCUGACACACUGAUCCACCUCCACACCUUCAACACCACAUUCACUGAACCUCUGUGUGCUGGGUUUGGAGAAGGAGAGUCUCCUCCUGUCAGAGAAACACCAGGGAUCAUGGACACUGUGAAAUCUGCAGAAUUCAUCAAAGAAGAAAUAGUGAGAUGUGUCAAAGUCUCAAGUCCUGGUCCUCAUGUGUUCCUGCUGGUCAUCACAGUUGGUCGAUUCACCGCUGAAGAGAAACACUCAGUGGAAGCCUUGCAAGAGCUGUUUGGUCCAAAAGCAAACCACUAUACGAUCGUACUGUUUACCUGUGGUGGUGAUCUUGAUGACAUGUCCAUACAAGAGUAUCUACGUGAGACUAGCCCAGACCUCCAACGAGUCAUCCAGAGCUGUGGAAACAGGUUCCACGUCUUUGACAACAGCAAGAAAAGUGACAGAAACCAAGUGGUGGAGCUGAUCAAGAUGAUCGACGACAUGGUUGCUGUAAACGGGGGAACACACUACACAGAUGACAUGUAUCACAUAGCUCAGUGUUACGGCCCUCUAGAAGUGUCCUCGCCAAUCUCCGGUCCUGGCUCCUCCCAUUCCUCCGGCUCCAACUCGGGUUUCCUGACUGGUGCGGCGUCGGUGGUACUGCUCCAAUCCCGAGCUCCAAUUAGAGAGCAUGAUCUUUUAAAUGCUCUGCAGCCCGACACUCGGGGCGGCUGGAUCAUUGUGGCCAGUCCGCCUCGCUUUGCUGCUGCACUCUGUUAG